AUGGCCAGUGAGUUGGGCUGUGCUCCAACAUACUUUUCAUUUAUUGAAGGGAAGAUCGGUGCUACGGUAGAGGCGGGCCCAAAAGAUUUCCAACUUCCUGAGACACGCAACAAGGGUAUUGCAAUGCCAGAGGCAGCAUCAAAAAUUGUAAAGCCCGGAGGAAAGGCUCCUGAUGAAUUCGAAAAGCAAGUGUCAAAUGCUAUUGCCGAUCUUGAGGCAAGUCAAGAUAUCAAAGCGCAGUUGAGAGAAUUGUAUAUUGUCGGUGCGAAGGAAGUAGAGUUGGGAAAUAAGAAGGUGAUCAUUGUGUACGUACCUUUCCCUCAGCUGCGACAAUUCCAAAAGAUUCAGCCGCGUUUGGUGCGUGAACUGGAGAAGAAGUUCAGUGGCAGACAUGUUGUCGUAAUUGCUCGACGUCGUAUACUUGCCAAGCCAAAACGAGGUAAAAAUAGAAAGCCAGAAAAGCAAAAGCGCCCUCGAUCACGAACACUGACUGCGGUGCAUGAUGCCAUGCUCGGUGAUUUGGUAUAUCCAGCAGAAGUUGUUGGUCGUCGAAUAAGGGUUAAGCUCGAUGGAAAACGCAUCAUUAAGGUGCAUCUCGAUAAGAAUCAGCAGACAAAUGUCGAACAUAAAGUUGAUACAUUCUCAGCAGUGUACAAACAUUUAACUGGUAAAGAGGUGGCAUUCGAGUUUCCGGAACCAUUGUUCUGA